AUGUCCCUGAAAAUUAGGGCAAAGGAACUUCAUACAACCACAAAGGCAGACGUCCUUGUGGUUGUUAAACCCACAAGUGGAAAAACCAUUCAUUGGUGCACCCCACAUUUUGAAGAGCUGUCAAAUCUAACAACUUCAUCAUCUUCUUCUUCUACUUCCUCUUCUACUGCUACCUCUUCCACUACUUCUUCUCAAAGGACUAUUUCUCAACCCACACCUUCUCACUCUUCACCUGCACCCCCCUCUGUCAAUUCCUCUGAUACAGACUCUGAAAUUCAGCAUGUCACUUACCCCUCCCCACAACCUUCUACUUCCUUUUCAUCACCUCCUCCGACUAACAAAAGAAGAAGAUCAUCAACUACAACUGAAACUUCAUCAUCCACCAAAAAGAACAAGAGCACGCAGACUGCUUCCUUUAACGCUGGUCUAGAAAAACAGUGCAACGUUUGCUUGUCGGAAGAGGAGAAGGGCUACUGGGUCGGUUGCGACCACAAGUCAAAAAAGUGCCAGUACUGGGUGCACGACAGGUGUUUAGGAUUUACAUUCAAAAAUAAGGCAGAACUUAAGAAAGUUGUGUUCAAAUGA